AUGCCCAGUGACGAUAGCUUGAGUAUGGAUGGUGAUGCCGAAGAAGGCUUCGAAGUGCUUUUAGAUGAAAUUAAAAAUAAGGAAAAAUCUCUUCGAGAUGCUGUUUACAAUCUCCACAAAGCAACUUCAAAAGAACAACGAGCCACACUCAUUAAAAAAGCAGAACAAUUCUACAAACAAGCAAAAGAGAAUAUCAAUGUACUCAAAGAUGAUCUCUCUUCCUAUAAUGGAAAUAAGAAAAAAACAUAUCAAAUGGAAAUGAAGAAACUCGAACAAGCGAUUGCAAAGAGUUACAAUGACUUGACUCAAAUUAAAGAGAAUCGAGAGACUCCAGGAAGUGUCACAACCCCAACAGGAAGUGACAAUGGAUUGUCAGCAACUACUCCCACGACUGGAAAUAGAAAAUCAAGUAGUAACAUUUCAAAGACCACUUCAGACGAUGGAAUGACCACAACAUCUACAAGUUCAAAGAAAUCAGGAAAAAGAAAUGAUAAAAAUUAUGAUGAACAAGAUGGUGCUAUUAUUAUGGAUGAUGAUGGAGGAAAUGGUCAACCAAAACAAAUGCAAAAAGGUCACUCUCGUGUGGAUGAAAUUUUGACUAUUUAUGACAAGAAUAAUGAAAUGUUAGACAACAUGAUUAGAAUUGGAGAUGAGACCAUUCAAAUUGGAGCAGCAGCUGCUGAAAAGUUAAAACAACAAACAGAGAGAAUGGUUUUAAUUCAAAAAGAUUUGGAUGAAUUAGGAGACGGUUUGAAGAGAGCUAAAAAAGAAUUGAACGCAUUCAUUAGAGGAACUAAUUGUGACAAGGCAGUGAUUUGUAUUUUCAUUAUCAUUGUUUUGGUAAUGGUUGCAGUUAUUAUUGGAUGGCAAGUUGCAAAAUAUGUUUGCAUUAAGGGUAUCACCAAUACUUGCAUUGGAGGUUAUUCCAAUUCUUCUUCUUUUUCUGUCAAGGGAAGUAUGGAACCAUUCAAAGUGGAUACUUUAGGAGAAGAGUCCUUAAAAGUUUUGUCCACUCCCAUCACCACCACGAUCGUGGCUGAGAAGAAGGUGAAUUGA